ACAAACAACAAACAAAGCCUCCGUGAGCGAGAGAGAACAGUGAUUCACUAAUACUCUACACCUGAAGUGAAACACAGUCUCACAGCUGCCAUUGCAAGCAGGCACAACUCAAUAUGAAUGAGAAAGUGGAUUCCAAUUCUUCACUCAGUUGGCCUCAAAUGCUGAGUUUCAAUGGGACAUACAAGCAUCCAUACCCAGACCACAGCAUUUCCUAUGUGGACUUCUACCUUCAUCAGCCAGCAGUGGCAGCCGUCUUCAUCAUCUCCUACCUCCUCAUCUUCCUCCUGUGUAUGCUUGGCAAUGCAGUGAUUUGCUUCAUUGUUCUGAGAAGCAAGCACAUGCGCACAGUCACAAACCUCUUCAUCUUGAAUCUGGCUGUCAGUGACUUACUGGUGGGGAUAUUCUGCAUGCCCACCACUCUCUUGGAUAACAUCACAGCAGGAUGGCCCUUUGGGAGCAUGGUCUGUAAAAUGAGUGGGAUGGUCCAGGGAAUCUCUGUCUCAGCCUCUGUUUUCACUUUGGUUGCAAUUGCAGUUGACAGGUUCCGAUGCAUUGUUUACCCAUUUAAGCAGAAGCUCACCAUAUCAACUGCGGUUGUCAUUCUAGCAGUCAUCUGGGUUCUGGCUAUUGCCAUCAUGUGUCCAUCUGCAGUCAUGUUGCAGGUACAAGAGGAAAAGUAUUUCAGGGUGAUCCUUGGCUAUGGCAAUCAAACCAGCCCUAUAUACUGGUGCCGGGAGGACUGGCCCAACCAGGAAAUGAGAAAGAUCUAUACAACGGUGCUGUUUACCAACAUCUAUCUGGCCCCCCUUUCACUCAUCGUCAUUAUGUAUGCCAGGAUAGGGAUCACUCUCUUCAACAAAGCGACACCUGUACGGGGAAAACAGAGCCAGGAGCAGCGCCACUCCGUGUCCAAGAAGAAGCAGAAGGUGAUCAAAAUGCUCAUCAUUGUGGCUUUGCUCUUCAUCCUGUCCUGGCUCCCCUUGUGGACUUUGAUGAUGCUCUCAGACUAUGCCAAUCUGACAGCGGUCCAACUACAGAUCAUCAACAUUUACAUCUACCCCUUUGCUCACUGGCUGGCCUUUUUCAACAGCAGCAUCAACCCGAUCAUCUAUGGCUUCUUCAACGAGAAUUUUCGCCGAGGCUUCCAGGCGGCCUUUAAGCUUCAGCUCUGCUCCAGGGAAAUGAUGCGUAGGGAGUUCUACUCCCAGCGGGGCCAAAGCAAUGCCAUAUUACCGGCAACCACCCACCAGCUGCUGGAGGACCAACCUUCUCAAAAUGCCAAGGAUGAGGGGAAACCGAUUCAGAGAGGGAACUGGAUGAACCACCAGCAGUACUUGAUGAUGGAAGACCUAGAAAAGGCAACCAACGACAAUGGAGUAAAAUGAAAUUUGCUGUGAACUGGUUUAUUCCAUCUUCCCUUGGCAGAGUCUGAUGUGGUGUAAGGUUCACACGAUUUAAGCC